GGUUCACCAGACGAGCGCCGUGACGCUGGAGUCUGUCUCCAAGGCUGCAGCACCACUGCUGGCCUGAUGAGUGCGGAGGAUGGAAAGGAGUCCGUCGCUUCUCACGACGGCUCGGACCGAACCGAACCUGACGAGAGCCUAAACAGCCCGGUGAAGCAGCUUCAGGUGCUGGAAGAAGUGUCGAAUCUGCUGCGCAGGAUGGAGAUCUGUGUUGCUGAAGUUGAGAGGAGGAGCGGGAAGAAUGCAGUCAGCAUGCAGGAGACGUUCACUGUCUACCUGAUUGAGACAAGGCAGAGUUUGUGUGGCACAAGCUGUCAGCYGACAACAUGGACCCAGACUUUGUGGAGCGACGCAGGGUUGGCCUAGAGAACUUCCUGCUUCGAGUCGCUUCUCAUCCUGUUCUCUCGAAUGAUAAGAUCCUGUACCACUUCCUCACCAAGGAGCAUGGCUGGAAGGAAAUGGUGUAUGAGACAGAAUUCCAGGCAAAGGCUGAUUCCAGGCUCCGAGCUCUAAAUGCCACCUUUAGGGUGAGAAGUCCAAAUAAACACUUAAUGGAGAUGAAGCACUACAGUGACGAGCUACAGUCUCACACAUCCCAGCUUCUCCGAUCACGAACUAGGGUUGCUGACAGGUUGUAUGCUGUUUACAAGGUCCAUGGGAACUAUGGAAGAGUUUUCAGUGAGUGGAGUGCCAUAGAGAAAGAGAUGGGAGACGGACUGCAGAGUGCUGGUCAUCACAUGGAUGCAUAUGCUGCCUCUAUAGAUGAUAUCUUAGAAGAAGAGGAACAUUAUGCAGAUCAACUGAAAGAAUAUCUGUUUUAUGCUGAAGCUUUGAGAGCAGUGUGCAGGAAACAUGAGCUGAGCCAAUUUGAGCUUGAGGUGACCUCCCAGGAUCUUGUCUCAAAGAAGCAGCAACGUGAGGAGCUGGCUACAGGGAUAGUGCGCACAUUCUCCUUCAAAGGCAUGACCAAUAAAAUCUUUGGACAAGAGGCACCAGAGCAGAGAGAGGCCAGGUUGAACCUGUUGGAGGAGCUGAUAGCAGAAGGAGAAGAAGCUGUGAAAGACAAAACAGCUGAGUGCGAAGAGUAUGUUGAACGGGCAUGGGCAGAUGUCCUGCACUUUAAAGAACAAAAGGACAAAGAUCUACAAGAAGCACUCAUCAACUACGCCCACAUGCAGAUCAGCAUGUGCAAGAAGGGGAUACAAAUAUGGAGCAAUGCCAGAGAUUGUUUCCUGAAGAUGUAAAACUGAAGCCAUGUGCAGAGGGUUUGGUUGCUACAUUGUGGAUUCUAAUUUUCUGUUGAGGCCACAGAUCCAUCAAGUUAUUAUAUUUAUUGUUUAGUAUUUUAAGAUUAUCAUGUCCUCUAGAUGAAAUUCCACUAGUAGCUCUUUAACAGGGCCUCCAUAAUAAACUGUGCUCACAUUCAGAAAGAGUUCACAUGGCAUCAAUUAGACUGGAUAAAAAUCAUUUAUGAGGUUGUUAAGUAAAAUCUGUAUAUGAUCUGUUCUUUUCAUUUUCAACUGACAAUCAAAAAUCAAAAUGGCUACUGUCAGUUUUAGGCUCAGGUCUAAAACCCUAAACAGAAAAUUUCAGGACCAAUAUGAAUUUAUUUUUCACAUGGUUAGGUUUACAUGACCAGAGAUUACUCUCUAGCUGUCUUGAUCUGUAAAUGUAAACAUGGUCACGAUCCAUCCGCCGUAGAAACUGCUCAGAGGAACAGAUCACAGAAUUAUUUUUUCUUAAAUUCACAAUUAAUUUAAUAUACAGACAAAAAAGUCACAAUGUUGAACAAAGUAAUCUUUCAAGACUCAGUUCAGACACAUACGUUAUAAUGUUUGGUUUUGUUUUGACAGUCUUUGGAKUUGACCCCCUCCAUGCUCCGCUCCUUGACUUUACCAUAUUCUAGAUGCCCACCUUUGUUGUAAGUUUUGCUGCUGUCAGAUCUUUGUUUUUUCCUUUUAUUAAAGUUGUUUUUUUUGUUAAA